CUUGUGACUUUUCCCUCAAACUGAUCACCAACCAAUCAGUACAACACUCUUCAAACACACACCCUUACUAAAAGAACAUGGCCAAGGGCAGGAAAGGCCCCAAGGGCAAGAAGAUCACCCUCAAUGUGGCCAAGAAUUGUAUCAAAAUCACAUUUGAUGGGAGAAAACGCCUUGACUUGAGCAAGAUGGGAAUUACCAACUUCCCCAAAUGUAUCCUGAGACUGAAUGAUGUGGAUGAGCUCGACCUUAGCCGGAAUCUGAUCAGAAAAAUCCCUGAAUCAAUCUCCAAGUUCCAGAACCUGCGGUGGCUGGACCUGCACAGCAAUUACAUCGACAAGCUUCCUGAGUCCAUCAGCCAGAUGACUACUCUGCUCUACCUUAAUGUCAGCAACAACAGGUUGACCACCAAUGGGCUGCCUGUGGAGCUCAAUCAGCUCAAGAAUACCCGCACCUUGAACCUAGGCUUGAACCAUCUGGACAGUGUGCCCACCACACUGGGUGCUCUGAAGGAGCUCCAUGAGGUGGGGCUACAUGACAACCUGCUGACCAGCAUCCCUAAGAGCAUCUCCAAGCUCCCCAAGCUCAAAAAGCUCAACACAAAGCGAAAUCCCUUUCCCAAGGUAGAGGAGUCAGAUACAUUCAUAGAUACCAUCAGGAGGCUGGACAAAUUAUAUCUGGUAGAAGAGAAGGAUCUGUGUUCGAAUUGCCUGAAAAAAUGCCAACAGGCCCGGGACAAGCUGAACAAAAUCAAGACUAUGACCACAACAGCACCGAGAAAGGCCAUCUUUUCCAAUCUGGUCUCACCUAACUCCAUGGCCAAGGAUUCCCAGGAAGACUGGAGGUGACCAGGGACCCUGACCCUGAGUCAGGAAGGGAAAACGGAGGGAGGGAAGAAAGUAGGGAGUGGCAUCUACAGGGAACUGUGGGAUCCCUCCAUUCUUGCAACAGCUCCUCCAGCCAAGCCCAUAAAAUACCCUUUCCCU